AUGGCACUUUUGACGAAUCCGCUCGCGACUGCGGAACAGCUCUAUCGACGCUCUACCUUUUCACCCGUGCCGCAGGAUCUCCAAGAAGCCGUCUUCUUCGCGACGCAAUGCCUCACGCAAGCAGCUGGCCUGCUGCUGGAGCUUCCACAGUCUGUGACCGCACAGGCGAAUGUCAUCCUGGCGCGCUUCUGGCUUGUCGAGUCGCCAAUGGCACACGAGUUCAGCGAUGUCUCGGCCGCCUCGUUGUACCUCGUCGCAAAGAUGGGGUCGUUCCCUCGCUCGCCCCGUGACGUAUCGACCGUGUACGCAUACCUUUUAUCGCCAAAUUCGGCCUUUCUCAACACGUCCACCCCUGCAACAGCCGCAAACGACCCUGCCGCGUACUACCAGACUGAGGACCAAUACCACAAAUUCCAGCGGAGGAUGCUCGCAUUGGAGGCUCGAAUUCUAUACUCUAUAUCGUUCAAUGUACACGUCGCGCUGCCCCAUGGCCUCACAGUGACAUACCUCCAGACUCUCGACUUCCUCUCGCAUUCACGACACGAGAUCUCGCUCCGAGCAUCGCAAUACCUCAACACGGCCUUGCUGAGCCCCCAACUAUUAUAUCUGACACAUCAACCGCAUGCCCUUGCCACGGCGGCGAUAUACAACGCGGCGCGCGAUCUCGGCGCCUCGAUGCCCGAGUGCGCUUGGUGGGAGGUUUUUGACGUGGACCGCGAGGAGCUGGGUUUUCUUGUGGUGGGCAUGCGCAGUCUGGACGGCUGGAUGAAGACUCGGAAAGAGGAGCUCCCGUCAAUACUGGGACAUGGCAUGCCUCGCAAGAAAGACGUCGAGGCCGAGAUGGCGCGCAGAAGUGGCGACGGGGGCGACGCAGAAGACGAAGUCAUGAGAAUAAUGGACGACAAGGAAGGAGAAUAG